AUGAAACAAACACCAAAUCAAAAAUUAGAUCAAUGGUACGCUAACUGUAAACAAGACCUCACAGCGGGUGUAAUAACCACAGAGCAAUUUACUGAGAUGGUUGCACGUAAAGUUAAGGGCUUAGGCGAAACCAUUUAA